UCUUCCAGAUCUGAAUACCUUACGCCAAAAGAGGCAUGAAGGCUGAACAACGGAGCAGGAUACUUUGGUGCUGGAUGAAAGAAGGAAGACGGAGCGCCGCUAUGGCAAGAAACGACUAGCCUACCGCAGAAAACACUGAAGAAGGAAGCAGAUCCUUCGUUGCGAGUAUGCGGCUCAGUGCCCUGAAGACAAGGGGUGUUGUGAAGUUGGAUGAAAAUAUUACCAGAGUACAUUUUUUCGCAUUUUGGAAUGUGACAGCUGGACUUUAGACAGAAUGGGUGAGCAUCCGACCUACGUGAAGCUCAGUGAAGAGAAACUUAUACCAAAGUCCGCCAUCCUGUCACUGCUUCGGACCUACAACUGUUACCACAAAGGGAAAAACUUCCAGCUGAGGACUCGUGAGGAGGAUGAGGCGCUCAUCCUCGAGGGGUUGCUGAACAUCUAUUGGGGUCUACGCCGACCAAUCCGACUUCAGAUGUACGACGACAAUGAAAGAUUUCGUCUGAACCGAAACGAUGGAUCUGGUUUGGAAAAGCAGCUCUCAGGGGAGUCCAACAAUAACUCAGCGGGCACAGAUGGUGGACCAGCGAGUGGGGACAUGUGUCGUCGAGAGGAGGAGGAGGAUUCUCCUCAGCUACUGAGGACCAGGAGUGACGCCUCCUUCAUGCGGGUUCAGAGGAGGUCGAAGACACACACCGCCAGAGAUUUGCAGCGCUUGCGAACACACAGGUUCUCAAUCAACGGACAUUUUUACAACCACAAGACCUCUGUGUUUACUCCGGCCUACGGCUCAGUCACUAACGUACGAGUGAACAGCGCCAUGACGACCGGACAAGUCCUCAACCUGCUGCUGCAGAAGUUCAGGGUGGAGAAUAAAUGUGAAGAGUUCGUCCUUUACAUGGUGCACGAGUCCGGCGAAAGGACCCGACUGAAGGAUGGUGAAUACCCGCUGGUGGCUCGUGUGCUUUGUGGACCCUGUGAGAAGAUCUCCAAAAUCCUGAUCACGGAGGCGGACGUGGGAGAGGAAGUUACAUACGAUGUUGCCCAAUACAUCAAGUUUGAAAUUCCUGUUUUAGACAGUUUUGUCGAGAAACUCAAAGAAGAAGAAGAACGUGAAAUAAACAAACUGACCAAAAAGUACAGCGCUCUGAAGAAUAUGAUCCAACAUCAGCUCGAGGACAGAAUAUGAGUCUGUGGGACCAAAGGUUUCCGCAGUGAGGUGGUGUGUGCGCACCACAAUAAAAGAGGUUCACCAAGACAAGUUAAAAAUGUUAUUAUUUUAUACUUUGGUCUGCCUGUCCACCUCCACACCGAACUUCUCCCACUGCUGAAGGUCCCCCCCCACGCACCACACCAAGCUCUUUAAAGGGGCGGAGCGGCACCUGCAGACAAUUCCAGGACCGCUAUAAGAUGCACAAUUGGACAGUCCCUUGUAUCAUUUGCAAUAUCUGCAUCAACCACUCCAGAGCUCACACAGAUAAGUAAAGCAUUCAAAUGAGUAAUAGGAAUGGAAGUAAAAGCAUCACUGUAUAAUUAAAACAAAGUUGCAUCUAGCGCUUACAUGUGCCCUGAUCCAAUCUGUGUGUGUGCAGGGCUCAAUAUCAAUGAUUUAUUAUGGGAACAAUUGCCACAACUGUUGUUGAUGUAGAGGUAACGGUAAAAGUGUAAAAGUAAAGGUUAGUAGAACAAUGUUAUACACCAAUGUGCUUCUAUUACUGUGAAUUGUAUCACUGCUUUGAUAUCCCUGCUAUUAAUAUAUUUUCAUUUUUUAUCAAAUUGACAUAAGCUUUUUUCAAGUAAUGCAUUCUCUGACUUUUUAAAAUAAUAAAUAUGUUGGAUCCCUGCAGAGACCAAACAUAGUAACCUG